AUCGGGGGAAAAAAAUGUAAAUUGAAGGUGCAAUCGCCAUCUAGUAAUCGGAUGGUUUUAGUAGCAUUCUUCCCCACUAAAAUCGAGAUUCUAAUAUCUAAUUAUUACCAACGUUAUCCAUGAAUUCUAACCAAAAGAAGAAAAAGAAAGGGAAAAUCAUUGUGGAAAAAAUCAGACCAAUCAACCUCGGCCAUUCUGUCGUCUUCGUGGAACUGGAGAGGGUAAAUAAAAAGGAAAAUUAAACUGGGCUCCACCGAUCCCAGUGCGAUCCCCAUUCUCACUGAUAGAGGCCCCUAUAAAGAAGAAGAAGACCACGUCCAACAUUACUGCCAAGUCUUUCCUCCCUGCAAAACUCCGUUCAUACGCCGCCGGAAAAAAUGGCUUCACCUUCCUCCAAACUCCUUCCAUUCUUCGCUUUUCUCUCCCUCCUCCUCCAUGUCCAUGCCCGACUGAACCUUGAUCCUUCAGAUCUUACAGCCUUUUCCAUCAUUAAAAAUGACUUGGGCAUUGACGGUCAACUCUCCCCCUCCCCAUGCCACAAUACCGGUGUGUUCUGUGAGCGGCGGCUCUCCGACAACGGCACUUAUGUUUUAAGGAUUACCAGGCUCAUUUUCAACUCCAAAGGUCUCACUGGUUCUCUUUCUCCGGCUAUCGGCCGGCUCACGGAAUUGAAAGAGCUUACGAUUUCUAAUAAUCACCUCGUUGACCGAGUACCUUCCGAAAUCGUGGACUGCCGGAAACUGGAAAUUCUCGAUCUCCAAAACAACAAGCUUUCUGGAAAAGUUCCGUCUGGAUUGUCCUCGCUGAUUCGCCUUCGAGUCAUCGAUCUUUCGUCCAAUAAAUUCACGGGCAAUUUGUAUUUCUUGAAGCAUUUCCCCAACCUGGAAAGUCUCUCCAUAGCAAAUAAUUACUUCACAGGGAAGAUCCCAGCUUCAAUUCGUUCUUUCCGUAAUCUUCGAGUCUUCAACUUCUCUGGAAAUCGCCUUCUCGAAACUUCAGCCUCCAUCGUAAAGGGUGUUGAGUUCCACUCGGCUACCGAAGUUCCCAAGCGUUAUAAGUUAGCUGAGAAUUCCAGUACGAAAGGUACGCACAGAGCCGCCGCUACAGCGCCAACUUCGAGUGCUCAAGCUCAAGCUCCAGCUCCCGCGACAUCCCCGCGCCGGAAAAAUAAAACAAAGAAGAUAAUUUCUUGGAUACUUGGGUUUCUUGCUGGAGCAAUUGCUGGAAGUUUAUCGGGGUUUAUCUUUUCUCUACUGUUUAAACUCGUCAUAGCAGCUAUUAAAGGUGGAAGCAAGAAUUCAGGUCCGUCUAUCUUUGCUCCUAAGUUGAUAAAAAGAGAUGAUUUGGCUUUUCUAGAGAAAGACGAUGCGCUUGCAUCUUUGGAGCUGAUUGGAAAAGGUGGAUGUGGAGAAGUUUACAAGGCUGAAUUACCUGAAAAAAGCGGGAAAAUGUUUGCGAUUAAGAAGAUAACUCAACCCCCCAAGGACGCGGCUGAGUUAGCUGAUGAAGAUAGCAGACUUAUGAGCAAGAAAAUGCGUCAAAUUAAGUCGGAGAUCAGAACUGUAGGUGAAAUCCGGCAUCGGAAUCUUCUUCCUCUUGUGGCUCAUGUCCCUCGUCCUGAUUGCCACUACCUUGUGUAUGAAUUGAUGAAGAAUGGCAGCUUGCAAGAUAUGUUGAAUCAGGUUUCAGCAGGUGUGAAAGAACUAAAUUGGCUUACUCGACAUAACAUUGCUCUUGGAGUGGCAUCUGGGCUGGAGUAUCUACACAUGAACCAUACCCCACGUAUUAUUCACAGAGAUCUGAAGCCUGCAAAUGUUUUGCUCGAUGAUGACAUGGAAGCUCGAAUUGCUGAUUUCGGGCUGGCAAAAGCAAUGCCUGAUGCCCAAACUCACAUGACAGCUUCAAAUGUUGCAGGUACUGUAGGAUACAUCGCACCGGAGUAUCAUCAGACAUUGAAGUUCACUGAUAAAUGCGACAUAUACGGCUUCGGGGUUCUGCUAGGUGUCUUGGUGAUAGGGAAACUUCCAUCUGAUGAGUUUUUCCAGAACACGGAUGAGAUGAGUUUGGUUAAGUGGAUGAAAAAUGUUAUGACUUCGGAUAAUCCUAAGGGAGCCAUUGAUCCAAAGCUCCUGGGAAAUGGCUGGGAGGAGCAAAUGCUUUUGGCCCUCAAAAUUGCCUGCUUUUGCACUAUGGAUAAUCCAAAAGAGAGGCCUAACAGUAAGGAUGUCCGAUGCAUGCUGUCACAAAUCAAGCACGAUGUACCUGAAACUCCCUCUCAAAAUGUCUAAAAUAAUAAUGCAUGUAUAAGAACGUUAUCUGUUAGAUUCUGCUUCCAACGAUGGGCAUUGUCAAUCAAAUAUAUAUAUAUUUGCAUAUUUGUAUUGUCUUUAAUCA